CGAACAUUUGCGCCUUUCGUUAGCUUGUCUUAAUAUUCUCGUAAAUUCUUUUUCUCGAUCUUGUUCUCUUCUUUCGACCAAUUUCCUAUUGUAUUCUGAACCUCAUCCGCAACCAAAUAUUGCCCCGUUCAAUCCACUAAUCAGACCCAAAUCCUCUAUUGAUGGCUACACAAGCAUGCAAAACCGUAGAUGGCUCUGGCGAUGACAGCACAAACAAUUUUGGAGCUACUAUUACAGAUAUAUCUCAUGAUUGGAUGUCUGAACAAGUGCCAUGUUAUCAACAUAGACAGCGAAGUGAGCCUGAAAGGCUAGUGUUCAACCCAACAUAUCCAAACUGUGCUCAGUACAGUUCAAUUACAUCCACAGGAAACGAGGAUGGUGCAAUGAAGGUGAUAGAGCAGAGCAAGACCGGGAGAGCGAAUUUAGGCACAGACGUUUCAGGCGACGGAGAAGACAAGACAAGAUAUCAGCAGCGUCGACCGAUGGUAUCCCCGAUCGACACAUCACCCUCCGGUUUGCAGUGGCGAUGGCUUCAGAGCACACUUCCUACUAUCCAUGAUCAUUAUACUGAUAACACCGACCCAUAUACACCACCAUCUAUUGAACAAAAUAGGAAGUCGCUAUCAAAAGAAAAAGAAGCUCGGGAAUGGCUUACAUGGACACAAGGCUCGAAUGUUGUCAAAAGAGAACUUUCCCUUGACCUAAGCAAGGACAAGGCCACCAAUAGCACGCUCCAUACCCACACAGAGCCUUGGUUGACUACAUCCGUGGUACCAUCACUACCGCAUUCCCCGUCAUCUCCUCCACCAAUAGUUUCGUCUGUCCAACCAUCACCCUUGCUAUCGUCACCAUUCACAUCCACAACUUCUAGUCCAACAUUCUCCAUACCGACUGCUAUACCAAUCAAAGAGCCAUUGCCAUCACUACCAUCACGAUUUGAAAGUGCGGCUUUUACAACACCAUCAACAUCCGCUCAAAGGCAGAGUUGUAUGGCUUUUAACAAGGCAUCACCGUCCUCACACACCACCGUGGUUUCUGAUGGUGGCCAUAAUGUAGAUUUACAACUACAGCUUGGCCCCGAAGAUAAUUUGAAAGAACAUGAAAGACUUGAUUGUAACAGAGAACUUAGCAAUGACAGUGGUAGCGGUAGUAGCCGUCCGUUUAGUACUCCCGGUAUUCCUAUCAAUCGCUUUAAUUAUCCCACAUCUAUAUCUUCACACCCAUCGCAUUUCUCCAGGGCUCGGUCUUUCUCGUCUCAUCCAUCAUCUUCCAACUAUCCAUCCACACCAGCAUCAACACCCAUGAUCACAUCGUCAUCAUAUAGCUCUCUUCCCUAUAGCCCUGCGGUCGCUUUUCUUUCCAGUCUAGCGGAUGCAACAGUACCGGAGCCAGCGCCAGAUGAAGAGGGGUCCAUCAUAGGAGAUUAUAUCUUGGGUAAAGUGAUUGGCUAUGGAGGGUUUUCAGUUGUGCGCGAGGCGUAUAUGACAGACAUGACAACUGUUCAGGCCUCUGAUGGUAAGAGUGAUCUACGACGAGUUGCAGUCAAAAUCGUGAAGAUACAAUCAGGAACAGCUGAUCAUGGUCGGAUCCAGAGAACAUUGAACAAGGAGAUUACCAUCUGGAGUCAGAUCUCUCACCCAAAUGUACUGUCAUUCAUUGCGGUCGAGAGGCUACCAACAGGAAUAUUUAUCUUUUGUGAGUUGUGUACAGGUGGGCACCUCCUGCAUUACUUGACAAAGCAUCAGCAACAACGGCAGCAGCAGGGAUUCACAUCAAUAGCAGCGAUUUAUCCUUCAGGUUCUAGCAAGCCCUCAGGUUUGGACGAAGAGCAUGCGCGGAGUAUCUUCAACCAAAUCGCAGAUGCUGUCAGAUACUUGCAUGAAGAGAAGAAAAUUAUUCAUAGGGAUAUCAAGCUAGAUAAUAUUUUGCAGCAUGAGAGUGGAGCCUGGAAGAUAUGCGAUUUCGGAUUAGCAGAGUAUCAAGAUGAAGAAGCUGCGGAACUCUUUGGCGAUACAUUGUUUACACUACCAAGACGUGAAUCGACUUUGAAGCUAACGCAGCCAUCGCCGUCUUGUGGGGGAGAUCAAGGUGAAGGGCAAGGAGGAGAUCCAAUAAUGAAUAGUGACCAAGAAGAUGUGGAGGAGGGCGCUAUUGCAGGAGGGUCGCUUGCCUACAGCUCGCCAGAACAAUUACGGUGUCACAAGCCACUGCGAUGUCCUCAGUCGGAUGUGUGGUCACUUGGUGUGGUCUUGUAUGCGAUGCUUACAGGGCGAUUACCGUUCCAAGAUGAAUAUGAACCGAGGUUGCGUCUACAUAUUCUGAACGGACGAUAUGAAGAACCGACGGGGUGCAGUGCAGAGGCACUGAAUUUGUUAAGAAAUAUGUUUAGAUGUCGACCUGAGGAGCGAUGGCGGAUCGGACAAGUUCGAGAUAGUUCAUGGUGUCUGGGCACUAAUGAAGACAACAGCAAGGCAGGUGGUCCCGAUAGCGGAGUAGUUCGAAGCCAUGUUGGCGAAACAGAUUAUAGUGGAGGAAGUAAUGAUUUUAUGGCUACCUUUUUUAAGACUUUCCGAAGCACCCUGUAAAAAUACCAAUUGUUUUAUUUUAUUUUGACCUUAUCUUAUUUCUCGGUCGGUAUAGCAUAUAGUACAGCCUACACUGCGAGUAUUAAAGUAGCAC